CGGGACUAAUCCGGAAAGGGAAUGUAGCGAAACAAAAUAUGGUGGCACAUGGCUGUGCGUCAACACACGGUAAAUUCAUAGUUAUUAAAACAUCGCUGAAAGCGAGCACUAGUACAUAGCCUGGGAAGUAAGCGCUGAUUUGUCAGGUCAGUCAUUGUCCUGCCAGUGCUGACACAUCAGUCUUGUUGCAUUCUGUGCAAAACAUCCUGACAGCUACUGGAAGACAUCUCAACUCUAAUAUACUGUAACUAUGAAACUGAAAGAACUGGAGAGUUGCCUUCAGCAAGUAGAUGGAUUUGAGGAGCCAAAAAUCCUCCUGGAACAGUAUCCCACCAGCCCCCAUAUAGCAGGCUGUAUGCUGUACACCAUCCACAACACAUUUGAUGACAUUGAGAAUAAACUAGUUGCUGACUUGGGAUGUGGAUGUGGAGUACUUAGUAUUGGAGCCGCAGUCUUGGAUGCAGGAUUUUGUGUGGGAUUUGAUAUUGACAGUGAUGCACUAGACAUUUUCAAACGAAAUGUGGAAGAAUUUGAACUACCAAAUAUCGACAUGGUCCAGAGUGACAUCUGCUCCAUUGGAUCAUCAUUUGCAAAGAAAUUUGACACAGUCAUUAUGAACCCUCCGUUUGGCACAAAACACAAUCAAGGUAUAGAUAUGCAGUUUUUAAAGACAGCGAUUUCGAUGGCUAGCAAAGCAGUAUACUCCCUUCACAAGACUUCUACACGAGAUCACAUACAGAAGAAGGCAAAAGACUGGAAAGUGAAAAUGGAAGUUAUUGCAGAGCUUAGGUAUGACCUCCCAGCAUCCUAUAAGUUCCACAAAAAGAAGUCGGUUGAUAUCCAAGUGGACUUCAUUCGAUUUACCCCUACGUGAAGCUUGGAAGAUCAAUUUUCUGUAUUUUCUGAACUUCUUUGUACUUUGAAACUUUUUUUUUUAACACUACAGUGGAUGUAUUUGAAAAUAAAUUUUAGUAACUUAACUGAAGUACAAAAAAUCACUUUUUUCUUCUUAAAAUUUAAAGACAAUUUAAAGUUAAUUGCAGCUACAGUACUCGUAUCAUUAUAUUCAGUUUUAUUACAUUAUGAAGAGGGUAAGAGGGAGUCAAGUCUACAGUGUUAUUCCAAGGCUCAGCUAUCAACUAUCAACUAUAUUUUCUGAUUGUGUAAAGUAGAGAGAGCCAGGAUUAUAAAAAAUAAAGGAACCAGUCUCGUGCAAUUUCUUUUGUCUUCCUCUAGAUGGGGAUGUUGCACCUAGACAAAAUUUGAAAUUUUACAUUUGUAUCUUCAGGCUAAAAAACAUCCCCUAUAGAUGAUGUAAUAAUAAGGAUGGUGUUUUAAUUAAGAACAAUAACAUUACAUACUAAAGCACAGAAAAACAGUGUAAUAGAUUUAAUGUUAACAUUUUAUUUAUAUCAACACUUUACAUCCUGAACACUUUGUCAACAAUAUAAAUACAAUGCAAAAAUAGAAUUAAAAAUCACUUAAAAUGGUUUUCUGUAUCUAUAGUGAAUACCACACAGUACAGUCUCAACAAAACACAUGAGGUGAAAAAUGGUUAUGUAGUCAGUCUCAAUACACUUUGGCACAUUGGUCAUCACAGUAAAAUACUGCUAAAAACAGCUUAGUGGUUUCCAAGAGGUUUAAUACUUUUAACUUGAUCUGUUUUUGUAAACCUCUCUAUAAAUGUCUUCAUAAUUCACAGGUCCGGAAUUUCCAGGUUACAGUGAUUUUGCCCCUAUCUCAUUUUGAAUAAACAUUAGGAGUGCAAAAGUGCAGGAGAGGAUUUAUGUUGAAGUUUGAAAAAACGUUAUUCAUUGUUAGGAGUCAUUACAUACAUCACUGACUCAUCAUCAUAAUACUUGUGGUUUCUAAAAGUUUUGUCAAAUGUAUAAAGAUUCUACAAACAAUAACACAUACAAAAAUCUCAGACUGCAAUAGUGAAGAAACCUGUGAUACACUGCAUGUCCAAAAGUUUGGAGACACCUGCUCAUUCAACAACAUUUCUGAAAUUAAGGAUAUUAAUAAGGAGUUUGUGGAGCUUUUUUGACUGCUUUGUUAAGCGGGGCACUGUAUGUGGAAACAUGUUUAUAUCACAGUCACAGUGUGAUAAUCUUGACAUUAUUAUUUGGAAUUACAUGUUUACGUGGAAGCAUUGACCACAAAGCGGCAGACCACAAAACUCACUGCAGCGGGGCUGUUGAGUGCUGAAGCGUGUAGCUCCUGUCCUCUAUUUUAUCACACACCAGAGUUCCAAAUUGUUUCUGGAAGCAACAUCAGCAAAAGAACUUCAUGUCGGUAGCUUCAUAAAAUGGGUUGCCAUGGCAGAUCAGCUGCACACAAACCAAAGAUCAAAAUGCACAACGCCAAGCAUUGGCUGGAGUGGUGUAAAGCACACCACCACUGGACUCUGGAACUGUAGAAACGUUCUCUGGAGUGAUGAAUCAUGCUUCACUGUCUGGCAGUCUGACAGAUGAAUCUGGGUUUGGUGGAUGCCAGGAGAACGUUACCUACUGGAAUACAUAGUGCCAACAGUAAAGUUUGGUGGAGGAAAGGAAAUGGUCUGGGGCUGUUUUGCAGGGUUUGGACUCGGCUGCUUAGUUCCAGUGAAGGGUAAUGCCAAUGCUACAGCAUACAAAGACAUUUUAUACAAUUAUAUGCUUUUAACUUUGUGGCAACAGUUUGGGGAAGUCCCUUUCCUGUUCUAGCAUUACUGUGCCCCUAUGCACAAAACGAGCUCCAUAGAGGUAUGGUUUGUCAAGUUUGGUGUGAAGGAACUCCAGUGGCCUGCACAGAGCCCUGACCUCAACACCCACUAAACACCUUGGGGAUGAACUGGAACUUGAAUUGCGAGCCAGGCCUUGUCCCACAUCAGUGUCAGUGUCACAAAUGCUCUUUUGACUGAAUGGGCACAAAUUCCAAUAGACACACUCCAAAACAGCUUCUUUCUGAGCGGAUGCUGUUAUAGCUGCAAAGGGGAGGCCAUAUUGACCCCAAUUAUUUUUGGAAUGGGAUGUCCAACAAGCUCAUAUAGGUGAGAUGUUUAGGUGUCCUCAUACUCUUGGCGAUAUAGUGUAUAUAUUCUACACACUGAACACACAAACACAGCCGUGUGAGCGGGUUGCAGUAGGUAAGUUGCCUACUAUUUCCCAGCAGUCCAACUCAGGGUCAUACCUCUCUAUGCUCUGCAAGUAGGUGCCCUUUGAGUAGGAAUAGCCGCCUGUCACAUAGAUGCACCCGUUUAUUACUGUAGCUCCACACUCCAUCCUUCUCUCCUUCAUUACAGUCAGCUGCCUCCAUUCGUCCCUGUCUGGAUCAUAGCAGUCUGUGAUGGUGGUCUGACCGCCGACCAAAUAGAGCUUGUUGUUCAGUGACACUGAGCAAAGCCCAUACUCUGCAAAGGGUAAAAGGGUUACUUUGGUUACAUUGUUUUUUUCACUUCUUUAAAGUAGUAUUUAUUGGUAAAAUCUAUUUUAAAUUAUAUUUCCCUUAAAACAAAUGUGGGCGAUCAGCAAAGACCUAGGAAGUUUGCUUGUUUAGUUUUGCAGUGAAGCUAUGAGACUAAUGUAGCUAAAAAGUUAUGAAAACGUAUUACUACCAAUUAUUGUGCAGACUGCAUCAUCAGACAUUUGUCUCAAACCCUGUUGUCACCUAAUCUAAAAUAUUGCU